AUGGCCCCCACCGCUACCUUCACUUCCGAGCCCGUCCCAGCUCACCCGGUCUCAAAGCCUACUAAUCCCAAUGGCGUUGACGCCAACGGCUUCCACCAGUCGCUCGAUAAACUGGAGGAGAACCCUCUUCGCAGGACCUGGAGGGGUAACGCAGAGGGCACUAUUGACCUCGGCACUGUACCCAAGUUCGACAACCCCUAUGAUGAGCGCGAAUGGAUCAAGGCUCAUAUGGCUGCUGCUUUCCGCUUCUGGGGCAAGUCCGGCUUCGGUGAGGGUAUCUCGGGUCAUAUCACCGUCAAGGACCCUGUUCUGCCCGGGCACUACUGGAUGAACCCAUUCGGUGUUCACUUCUCCUCGAUAACCAAAUCGAAGCUCUGCCUUGUAGGACCAGACGGCUACGUGACGAAACACGGCGCUCAGCUACCCAUCAACACUGCCGGUUUCUACAUUCACUCCGCGAUCCACAAAGCCCGCCCAGACGCCAAAGCUGCCGCUCACUGCCACUCUCUCUACGGCAAGGCAUGGUCCGCGUUCGGCAAGCCCAUUGACAUCCUCACGCAAGACGCGUGUCUGUUCUACGAUAACCUCGGCGUCUACAACAACUUCGGUGGGAUCGUCCUCGCUGCCGAAGAAGGUUCCAACAUCGCCAAAGCACUCGGGCCGAAGUUCAAGACCUGUAUUCUCCAGAACCACGGGCUGAUCACCGUCGGUGAGACCGUCGACGAGGCCGUGUUCUUGUUCGCUUCGUUGGAGAAGAUGUGCAAGGUGCAGCUGGCGGUCGAAGCUGCCACGGCGGGGACUUCUGGGAUCAAGAAGACGGUGAUCGAUCCUGAGGAUGCGGAGUUUACGGCGAAGACGAUUCAGUGGUAUGAGAAUACCUAUAUUAGCGUGAGUCCCUCUCUUUGUUUUUAUUUUAAGUGA